AUGCCUGUUAUACCUAUCCAGAAUGAAAUUUUAAAAGCGAUUCUGCCGUACAUGGAUCCGAACAAACGAUUCCAAAUCUCUUUUCGAAUGCCUUCAAUCAGCUCUCUUGAAAGCCGUACACCACUGAAAAUCGAGAAUCUGACGUUUUCGAAAGUACAUACAGAAGUGAAUAAGGUCUCCUACCAACUUGGUGUGUACCGUGAUUACGGAAGAAACGAAACUCCUUACAAUGUUCUCCGUAUGAAUCAAGGGGGAGGGUCUCUUAGCGAAAUUGAUCAAUAUGGACUCAUCAUUCAUCCCGAAGUGAACAUUGCACUUCCAGGAGAUAUCGAUUUGAGAACAACAGCUCAACGAGAUGUUUUGGCUAAUACGGAGGAAUCAGAACAAGACGUAGUCCAACAACUGAGAGUUUUGAAAAUGAUACUGGCUGAACGGUUGAAUCAAGAAUACAUUGAAGACGACGAAACCAGGAAUGCCGCUGUUGGAGAACCUGCGAAUGCUUUUGUAGAGACAUAUCGAGAAAUUACAUUAAAAGCAUCUGUAGAAACUAUUCAAAGCAGGAUUCAAUACCUUCGAAAUUUGCUACGUGCGUUAAAAAAUCGUCAGGACAAUAGAGUUCCUCCGUGUACUCCCUGGAUUCAACUUUCUAUGCGCUCUUCGACAGGAGUAACAAUUCAACGUGUCGCAUACAAUAAGUAUCUUUAUGAAGCGACAAAGGCGGUGACCACAAAACUGUUUGGAAAUCGUGAUUCGAGUAUUUCAGUGAAAAAUCUGAAAAUUGAGCCACAUUCUCCGUUUUCAAAUCACAUUCUUCGUUUUCCCGCUGGAACUAUCUUGAAAAUUGAUAAUUUAGAAGUUGCAUUCUGGAAUUCACGUGAAUUUGAACGGUUCAAGCAAGUCAUUCAUCCAUCAUCUUUUCCACUUCAACAAUUGAAAAUUUCAAGUAACACUCUUUCUGCUGAUUUUCAACACACCAUUGCGAGAGAGCCGAAAAGAUUGAUUAUAAGUAAUGAUAUCAAUGAAAAUCGUUCAUGGACGCCGAUCCUUCUGAAUCUGACCAACCGAAGAGUAUACUUGGAGAAUGAGAACGCACGGAAUCCACCAAAUGAUUAUAUGGAUUUGAUUGAGAAUUGGCUGGAGAGAGGACGUCCGGUUGGGACCUGUUUCUAUAUGGGUAUCAAAAGCGAAGAGACCGUAAAGCAAUGUUUGGAUACUCUGAAACAGAGAGAAGAAGUUGUUGGAUCUUCUGAAAAACAAGUUCAACUCCGUAUCAACGCUGCAACGAUGCUCGAAGUUUGUUAUGAAAUGGCUGUACGACGUGUGAGAUUACUGAAUGAUAACCAAUCGAAGUGGUGGCUGAGAAUAAGAGUUCUCCGUGAAAGAUCUGAUUAA